UCACCUGCUGCACAGAAUACAAAUAAAGAAAUGCAUAGUAACCAUGGAAUAAUUGUGAACUGUGUAAAAUGGUCAAUUGGUAUAAACGACCUUUUAUUUGAAUGAUAUGGAAAUUGAAAAUACAAUUAAUGCACCUCGUAGCCUGAUUGAUAUCGGCUGUCGUUCGUUCACAACUCAAUGACGAUCGUAUCGGUUCGUAUGCGUUUCCUCAAGAAUAGCCUUUCAUAAAUAAAGUUCCUGUCUCAUCCUUCGCCGUGUAGUCAGGAUCGAAAGUGGAUUUUCCACAGCGAUUCUCGGUUGGCUCGCGUUUCUAUGAAUCCACUUUUAUAAUACAUCACUUAUCUGCAUACAAACACGAGAAAAAUAUACCUCGUGCCAUUUGCAAGCAUAAAAUGCACAUCUCAUGUAAUCGAUUCCAAUGAAUUUUAAAAUUCCUUUGAAAUAUUUUUUUCGUUACAGAAAGAUUCUAACAACAGUAAAAUCGAGUACCGUAAGAUUUUCUUGUAUAUUCUUUGAUCGUACCGCGGCUAUAUAUAAAUAUCCAAAGUGAAUUAUACAAUUAAUUAUCGCUCGACCGAACCAAUAUUUCUAAUUGUAAAUCACUCGAAUUAUUUACACGUACGCCUCUACGUUGAAUAACUUUUAAUUAUGUCAAGGAGAGGAUGAUUGAACGGAAAACAAAUCACCCUGAUGAUCGAGACAAAUAAACUUCCAUUUAAAAAUAAGAUAUAAAAUAAGUGGUCAACUGCGCGCUACGUGAGAAUUACGAGGAGGGAUUUCCCUUUUUGCGGCGUGAUUAAUUACAUUGUUGUGCCGGUGGUACACGGUGGCGUCUCGAUACCUGGCCAGAUACUCCCUCGCUUACCGUAUCACCAUUGCGAUGGCAAAAAACAAGCGUCAUUGCCCGUGGUCGCAUCUUUCAGUAGAAACACGUGAGAAAGUAGAGACGUACAAGACACAGAGCGAGCUUACGUAUGUUAAGGCCGUGUAGCCGGUUAUUAUGUAGCCGAUAUGGUUCCGAGGCAAUUAAUACUAUUGUUAUGAUUCAGACGAAUACGUCAUGUGUGCUUGAACGGCGAUGCAACCGCCGCGUUUCGAUUAGUAUGUAUUCGACCAUAGAGACUCGCGGCUGCUUGCUCCCUGGUCCUGCUCGCCCUGCGAAACGAGCACCGCUCCGUUUGCGCUUUAAUGGCUUUCUAAAUAAUGUCUUGGGAAAUGUGUGCGCGCCUGCCACCCGGAACGGAUGUAAUUAAUAGAAGAAUCCUAAAUUCGGCGGUGAUCGGGCAACAGAUAUGGAAUGCGGUGGAAGAACUGAAAUGCACGGUAGUCGCGAGGUGAUUGUGUAAAUAUAUGCACGUUGCUGUGACUCAAUCCAUUGGAAAGGAAACAAUGAUAACGAUGGACGUUCGUGAAAACCGUGUAAGGAUUCUUUGACUUGGUUUUGCGACGAGGUGGCAAACAGCAUUUGUAACAGACGAUACGGGGAGUUUAGCAAAACGGGAAACGAGGGAUAAAUAAGAAAUUAUGCCGAACAAUAAUCUAGCUGAAAAAGAGUCUCUAAACAGGAACAGUAUUUUGAUGCAGGACGAAAAAACAUCGAGUGAGAGGUAUGGCAAGGGCAACACGGUUACCAUCCAGAGGAGCACCGAAGAUAUAGCCAGUAAAUCAAGCAAAGCGACUCAGAUUGAUCUCAUCCAAUUGUCUUACGGUACACAAAGAAUCAAGCCGACUUCUCUGGCUUAUUUGCCCAGACAGGCGAGCGAAUCCGGUUAUCCCUGUUACUCCAAGAGCUCCUCCUUAUGCCCGUCUCAGAGUGAAUUAGUUCUAUCGCCAAGGAACAGGAAUAGUCGUUAUGUAGCUUUAGAUAUGAGAUCUAUGGGUAGUUUCCCAUUAUCAAAUUGUCAUACCUCGGUAAAUAAUAUGCCAUACACAUGUUGUUGUACGUGUGUGGGGUCACCUGUGCCUCCAACAUCUUCCCCACAGCAGACGGAAGAACAAGAUGGUCCUGAGGGUCUCUCAUGGAGGAGACUUCACAUGAGCAGAGCUAAAUUGAAAGCAACUGCAACAACGUCAGAAUUAUUAAGCGGUUUCGCUAUGGUAGCUAUGGUUGAACUGCAAAUAAACGAGCCAACCGCGGUGCCGGAGUGGCUGUUUGUGAUGUUCGCUGUUUGCACAACCGUCCUAGUAUCAGUACACAUCUUUGCUUUAAUGAUAAGCACGUAUUUAUUGCCCAAUAUCGAGGCCAUCAGUAAACUUCAGGUAUCUCGGCUUGUCACGGAAUCUCCUCAUGAGAGAAUGCGCGGCUUCAUCGAGUUGGCUUGGGCAUUUUCUACGGUGUUAGGAUUAUUUCUGUUCUUAGUGGAGGUGGCUAUACUGUGCUGGGUGAAAUUCUGGGAUUACUCGUUCACAGCCGCCACUGCCAGUACGAUUAUAGUUAUCCCGGUCCUUAUAGUGUUCAUUGCCUUCGCCGUUCACUUCUAUCAUUCGUUAGUUGUAUACAAAUGCGAGUCCUCGGUAUCUGAUAUGAACGAGCUGGAAAGCAUUAAGAGAAAUUUAGAUAACGUGACGAUGAGACAGAGCAGCGUGUGACGAUUCUGUAAAAGAUUGCCAUCGACGUUCAUUGAUCGUUGAGUCCUUGCCUCCUAAAAUAUGCCCCAGACUGUACGUUAUUUACUCGCGUUUCAUUCCGUAGUAUCGUAAUUGUACUUAAUGAUAUAUAUCCGAAUACACGUAAACAGUGAUGGAAAAAGAACACAUGUAAGUUUAUUCAAUAACUUUACUUAUUCAACGCGAACACGCGCGAGGCGCGAUCGUGUUUUUUUAUUAUAUAUAAAAAUGUACAUAGCUGUACACAUGCAAGUCGAGAAUUGCAACAGUACAAGCAAAGUGCUCUUAUAAGUAUAUUAGCUAUAUUAUUUUAGCAUUUAAUUAUAUUCUAUUUAUGACUUAUAAUUCCCGAUUUCUUCUUUUAAAUGUAUUUUUCUCAUUUAUCUUGCUUUUUAUUUCAUACAUCGUAUCACUAAUAUGUAUAUAUAUAAUAUAUAUAUAAUAUAUGUCAUUUUUUUGUCACUUAGUUUGUGGGAAAACUGAAGGACAGUCGAGUCUGUUAUUUAUGUACAUGCUUCCCAUUCUGAAACUUGUUAUCCUAGUCAAAAUAAAUAAUCCAUCAGACUUGAAGACUCCCGUUAAUUAAAACGUGGCUCGUUACGUAAGUUUAUAAGAAAGGAAAAAAUAUAAUUUUACACAUCUUUCAUUUUCGCCAUAAACUAAGUUAUAAUCUUAUCGAUCGAUAUUUUCUAUAUUGUUAUGCGUUAAAUUCUGUUUGUACAAAAAAAAAAGCAAUACGAAUUAAAAAAGAGAAUUAAAGCAA